AUGUCGACUCCAAGCAAGUCUCUGGCCGAGAUAGACACCCAAUUAGCACAACUCGUCCAUGCUACUUCUGCCGGCGCUGCGCUACCGCCACACCAGUCAACACAGGCCAAAUCAGCAAUAAGAGAUGGCAAGAUCGCGAUGGCCACCUCUGGUCUCCUCACGCUCGGCCUGAGCUCACGGGCGCCCUCCCAAGCAGACAUCCUGCAUGGUCGCAAUAUUCUCGAGUAUUCUGCCCUCUACUCGAUUCGGUCACACGACGUCCCAUCUUUCGAGCGCUUCAUGGCACAGCUGUCACCUUAUUGGACCACCCAUAGAGAUCUUCAACCGCCAUCCUCUUGGCGAAGCGCGCUCAUCGGUCUCAGCCUGCUUCAACUCCUCGCAAAGAAUGAGAUCGGCCGCUUCCACACGGUUCUCGAGACGCUCUCGGGCGCAGAGAGUACCAAACGCUCCAUGGCUAAAUCCCCCAACGCGAGCAGCCUGCUCGACGAGCCCAACGUCCGCUUUCCCAUCGAGCUCGAGAGAUGGCUCAUGGAAGGCUCCUACAGCAAAGUAUGGCUCGCGCGCAACUCGCCACCGCUCCCAGAAGCACAGUUCUUCCUCGAUCAGCUCAUGGGCACAAUCAGGAACGAGAUUGCAUCUUGCGGCGAAAAGGCCUAUUCUGUGUUACCCCUGCGCGACGCUGCUACCCUGCUCUUCUUCAGCGACGCAGAAGAGCUGUCAGAUUUCAUCAAACAGCGUCCCGGUUGGUCAGUCGACCAAGCAUCGCAAUGCGUCCGAUUCGCCGAUUCCGCAAAAGGCAUCGCGUCGGACGCAUCCGAGGACUUGCCCAAACAGCGCUUGAUAGAGACACAUCUCGCAUACGCCAGAGAACUCGAGAGCAUUGUAUAA